GCCACCCACGAUGAGGACGGCGCUUCUGCUCACCUGGACGGUAUCCCUGAGUUACUUUGCAGACCCGGGGUUGGCAGCAUAUUUCUUCCAACAGCCAAUGGACCAAGUGAUCGUAUCCGGACAGUCAGUGACGCUGGCCUGUGUGGUUAUGGGCUACCGGGGCAUGGUUCAAUGGACCAAGGAUGGACUGGCCUUGGGGGGAGAAAGAGACCUGCCUGGCUGGUCCCGCUACUCCAUUGUUGGAGAUGCCUCUGCGGGGCAGCACAACCUACGGAUUGACUACGCUGAACUGGACGACGAUGCCAUCUACGAAUGCCAGGCCACCCAGGCGGCGUUGCGCUCCCAGAGGGCCAAGCUUACCGUACUCAUCCCUCCCAACGACCCUGAGAUCCACAAUGGUCCAAUCGUGCACGUGAUAUCCAACAUCCCCUACAACUUGUCCUGCCGGGCUACUGGUGCCAAGCCAGCCGCCGAGAUCAGCUGGUACCGCGACGGACAACGGCAAGAGUCUGCCGUGUACUCCAAGGCCUUGAUGGAUGACGGCAAGCGAGAGGUGGCGGUCAGCACCCUCCUCUUGAUCCCCAGCAGCCGGGACAUGGGCAGCUCCUUCACCUGCCGAGUCAGCAACCCAGCAGCCCCAGCUGGCAAGCAGACCACCGUCACCCUCAAUGUGCAAUAUCCGCCUGUUGUAAUGCUGUCAGUGCAACCACAAACUGUACCUGAGGGUGGCAAAGUGAGCUUCCUCUGUACGGCCACCUCCAACCCUGAAGUGACGGGCUACAGGUGGGCUAAAGGAGGGGUUCCCAUUCCGGAAGCCAACGGUGACAGCUACGAGGCGACAGUUGACCAGUCCUUCUUCACUGAGCCCGUGUCCUGCGAGGUGUCAAAUGCUGUAGGAAGCACCAACGUCAGCACGCUGGUGGAUGUGCAUUUCGGACCCCGCCUGGUCUCUCAACCCAAGCCCCUGACGGUUGACGUCGGAGCGGAUGCAUCUUUCACCUGUACCUGGACUGGGAAUCCACCUCUCACCUUGGCCUGGACGAAGAAGGGAUCUAGUGUGCAGGUGCUGAGCAAUGGCAACACCCUGCACCUCAAGGCGGUGACGCAGGAAGACGCUGGUGUUUACGUGUGCAAAGCCAUCGUGCCACGCAUUGGAGUGGCUGAGAAGGAGGUGACGCUGGCUGUGAAUGGUCCACCGAUUAUCAGCACAGAACCAAGCCAGCAGACAGCGGUAGGAGCCAAAGCCCGGCUGGAGUGCUUGGUGGGAAGCGUUCCACCUCCUGACAGGAUCGCCUGGGCAUGGGGUGAACGGGUGCUGGAUGCUGGCUCGCUGGACCGCUUCACGGUGGACACUGUGGUGACAGACCAAGGGGUGCUCUCAGCUUUGCUGAUCGACCCGACCCAUGACGCUGACUAUGCGCUUCCCUACAACUGCACAGCUUGGAACCGCUUUGGCGCACGCUCCGUCGCGGUCACCUUGCGCCGCCAAGAAGUCUGGUCCGUCCUCAUCUUGGGUGCCAUGGCUGCCUCCGGAGUUGCUGCCCUCCUGAUCCUAGUUGUCUUCAUCUCCCUCUGUUACCGGCGCAAGCGCUGCAGAAAAGCCAAGCGGGGAACGCAGCUCUCCAAAGCGGACAUCCUAGUGCAAAUCACGACAAGCGAGAGCAGCCCCAGCAGGCCAAGCGAGGCGGAAGAGGAUGGCAAGGAGCCCAUGGCCACGAGCAGCGAGUCUCCAGGGACCUCCCACACGGAGCACAGCGAAAUCCUGGAGGAUGACGAAGGGAGCCAGGAGCUGAAGGAUCCCACCAAUGGCUACUACAAAGUGCGUGCCCAUGAGGAGCCAUGCCUGGGAAGCAGCUUCUCCGAAUACACGCCAGCCCCCCGGCCAUUGUUUGGGGCCACUUCUCUGUAUCCUUCCACAGGGCCGGUGCAACCCAAGCUGUAUGAAUACGCUCACCGCUACACCUUGGGCACCCCUGGUUCCCGCUCGGCCUAUGACCCCCACGAGCGACUUUUCCCUCAGGAAAACAUGUACAGUGGUACGGCCUACCUCACAGCCCCCUACAGCCGAGCCUUCACCAGCUACGUCAAACCCAGCAGCUACGAGAAGGCCGAGAGUGGUUACGAACAGUCAGACCAGGCCAGCAAGGCCUCGGGCUGCUCGCGUUUCUCCUAUACCUCCUUGUCCCAGCAGUCUGACUACGGGCGCCCUGCUCACCAACGCAUGCAGACUCACGUAUGACUCAUACCUGACCCCUGCCAAGCUCUUUUCACCUCUAGAGAGAGAAAAGGGAACGGACGCUCACUUUGGCUAACAGACUCCCAACGGCCGGGUGAUAAGACUUGAUGUCCUUGAGCUUGCCUGGAGGAUGCACCAUUUUCAUCUUCCGGGGAAGAUGGCAGGUAGCUGGCUCAGCAAUCCCCAGUGGCAGCAAACCAAGACGGCCGACGGCCUGCUUGUCAUCUUCCAACUGGAACUGGCUCCAUCUCGCUUUGGCUGUGAGGAAACCAACCUGUCGACUGCCUUCCUAUCGGGACCUGAAAGUGGAUCCUCCGUGUUGAAAUGCACCCCUCUGUGGAGAUGGAGAAGAGGCUCUUCAUGAGUUGUCUUGGCCUGUAAGGAUCUGGAUUCAAAAUGGAGGAUGUUGUUGCUUGACGGACAGAAGCGUGGGCGUAAGGAACCGGCGGGUGCUCCAGGUGGUGCACGAGAUGGUGCUGUUACAGCCUCUGCAAUGGGACUACGUGACACUUGUUCUUGGCUCCCCAACGGAGUUGCCCCGAGGGCAAUCUCCAGCCACGAAGGCAAGACUCUCCCGCCAUUGCAUGAUUCUGGAAAAUCUCUACGCAUGGGCGCUAGUGCUUGCAUUUUAAUUUUCCUGGCUUGACUGCUGUGGUUUAAAUAAUUCCCUCUUCCCCCUCUUUAGCAGGGGUGGCUCUGAAUGGAUACAAAUGCAACUAGGUUCCCACCCAUCCCCUUUAAUUAAAACAACUGGUGCAACUUCUAAUAGAAAGGCGCCUGCCACGUUACGCAAGUCAGAUCAGAAAGUGGCGCUGGUGUUCAACAGUGAGGCCAGAAUGAGACCUGGAAGGACUCCUUGGGCACAAGCGUUGAAAUGACUAGAACUGGGUUGAGCAUUUAAAAUGCCAUUUUUAAAAAUCCAAGGGAGGAGCAUGGGAAAACACAGAAAGCUGAAAGACGAUGGGAUCUAUUGAUUUCGUUUCUGUGUGUGGUAUAUAAUAAGUUAUUCCUUCUGAUUACUUUUUGCCUUAAGCAUAUUUCUCUGCCGUUGGAUUUUAUUUUAUUUUAUUUUUGACAUGUUUGUUUUGAUCGUUCCAGAAUCACCGGGGUUGGUUUCGUUUUUGCUUUGGUUUUGUUUUCUUCCUGUUCGUUUUGUAUUUUGCAUUUUUGAGAAUGGGAUUUCACAGAGAGACGCUACGGCUAUGCCUGUUUGGAUGUGUGGUGCUUUAUAGCAGAAGAGGAGAAAUGAUCGAUGUCUUGCCGAAAGGAGAGUUCAAAUAUUUAUAAUUAAUUUUUAAAAAAAAAAAAAACACAUGGGAGUGA